CAAACCCCUCCAAAUCUCAACACACAUCUUCAGUUAAAGGGUAUGGACCGCCGCACCGAUAAUCCAGCGAUUCCAUAAACGACUUCUCUGAUCAAUCGUACAGCCUACAACAUGCCUGCCAAGACGAUCAUCGUCACCGGUGCCUCGAGAGGCAUCGGUCUAGCAGUCGCCAAAUACCUGCUCGCCGCACCGCAAUCACAUAACCUCGUGGUCAUCGCGCGCAGCGUGGAGCCCCUCCAGCAACUCAAGGCGGAAUACGGCUCACAGGUCGAGGUGCUCAGCGGCGACCUCGCGGACCUCUCGAUCGGACAGCGGGCAGUCGAUCUUGCCAUCCGGUCCUUCGGUGGAUUGGACGGGAUGGUCUUGAACCACGGCAUUCUGGGCCAGGUUGGCAAGAUUGCCGGCGCGGAUUUGGAGCAGUGGAAGCAUGGGUUUGACGUGAAUUACUUUAGUUUCGUCGCUUUUAUCAAAGCAGGUCUGCCCGCUCUGCGUGCCUCGAAUGGCAAACUCAUCUUCACCUCGUCCGGUGCUUCCGUCUCGGCAUACAGAGGCUGGGGUCUCUACGGGGCCACCAAGGCGGCGAUGAACCAUCUAGCCCUAAGCUUGGGAGAGGAAGAGCCCGACGUGACGACGGUUUCCGUGCGUCCGGGCAUGGUCGACACCGAGAUGCAGAGAGAACUCCGAGAAGACCACACCACAAAUCUCGAGCCCCAGGUGCUCGCUAAGUUCACCGGUGUCCACGAGAGUGGGAAGCUGCUCAAGCCCGAACAGCCGGGCCAUGUUAUUGCCAAGUUGGUGCUCGAUGCCCCCAGCGCCAUCAGCGGCCGGUUUCUCUCGUGGAAUGACGAGGUUCUAGAGGCGUUUCAGGCGUAGUCAUCGGAGGGAAGUAUGAGACCGUCUAGGUACCUAUAUGACAAGUCAUGUUAGCAACAUUGUCAAAAGACACAACUCAUGUGUUAAAUAGCGAGAUAAGGAAUUGUAAAUCAGCCGAAAGAUGAAAAGCAAUACAUGUUAUAAGCAUUAGAUGCAGAG